AUCAAGGUACCGAGAAACAUGAAGGAGCAGGCACUUCUGGGAUUACUGAUCAGGAAAAGGAAUUGUCGAGCAGUGCGUUACAAGCUUUUCUGGCUGGAAACUAUGAUGCUUGUUUACAACACCUAAAUACCCUUCAAGACAUAAACAAAGAUGACUACAAAAUAACUUUGAAUACUGCUGUUGCGGAGUUCUGUAAAAGUAACCAGACUACAACAGACAAUUUGAGACAAACCCUUAACCAGCUGAAGAAUCAGGUUCACUCUGCUGUUGAAGAAAUGGAUGGUGUAGAUGAUGUUGAAAAUAGUAUGCUGUACUACAAUCAAGCUGUUAUUUUGUAUCAUCUGCGUCAGUAUACUGAAGCUAUAUCAGUUGGGGAGAAGCUGUACCAGUUUGUAGAGCCUUUUGAAGAGAAGUUUGCCCAGGCUGUGUGCUUCUUGCUUGUAGACUUAUACUUGCUAACUUACCAAGCUGAGAAAGCCUUGCAUCUGCUUGCUGUUCUGGAAAAAAUGAUUUCACAGGGCAACAAUAACAGCAAGAAUGGGAAAAAUGAGUCAGGUAAUAAUACAAAUAAAGAAUCCUCAAAUCAAAAAGCUGAAAGUGGAGCUUUAAUAGAAGUUGCUAAAUCUAAGAUACAUCAGUAUAAAGUGAGAGCCUAUAUCCAGAUGAAGUCACUAAAAGCAUGCAAAAGGGAGAUCAAGUCUGUUAUGAAUACAGCUGGGAAUUCAGCUCCUUCUCUCUUUCUUAAAAGCAAUUUUGAAUAUUUGAGGGGCAAUUAUCGUAAAGCGGUGAAACUUCUAAACAGUGCAAACAUUGCUGAACACCCAGGCUUCAUGAAAACAGGUAAAGUAGAAAACCUUAAUCCUGCAA